GUCCUGGGAAUUUUCUCAACCGCUUUAUUUCAUUGUCUCCUUCUUAGAACAAACCCCUCACACCCUCCUUCUUCUGUUUCUUCUUCUCAUCUCUCUCUCUCUCUCUCUUCUCUUCAUCUGCAACUCUCUCUCUCUCUCAUCUUGCGUGUUUAAGAUCGUUACUCAACCGGUGCUGUUUCCUCACCGAUUCUCAAGGCACGUUUAUCUGGUUUCUUGGUGCUGUUGGUCUAUUUUACAUGAUUACAUCUCUACAUGUGCUGAAGUUGGUUUUGGCUUUGCAUUUGCGUCGUGCAGGUUAUGGAAGUGGGUGAUUUCUUCUUCAUUUGGUCGAUUCCAUUACAUUGUCUGAAAUGCAAAUGGUGUUGUUGUAGGUCCCUUUUAAUCCUGGAUUAAUGGAGUGACUAUAGACCUGAUGAGUGAUGACUUUGGCAUGUUUUCUCAGGAUUUAUUAGCAUGAUAUGCCGCAGUUAUGGAGUGUUCUUAGUCAACUUUCAUAUAGGAAGAAGAAAGUACAUCGUACCAAAGAAGCUCUUUUAAUUGGAAGAAUUGUAUAACCCUUGUUCAACUGGAAUGUGUCCUUUAGAUCAUGUCCAUCCAUCUUUUGGGAUUGGAUGCUAGUUUGGCAUGAAAUGGCCUAACAAUUAUGCAGAGGAUACUGUGGCAAUAGGUUUGUCACAUCCAAUGUAUAAUGAUACAAGAUGUUGGUGUGGGCUCUUACAGGAAAUUUAGGGGGUGUAUAUCAUUGUUAUAGUUCUAAUUGGUACUCUGAGGUGCUAAGAUGUGGGUGUUGGUAAACCUCAGUACUAUCUUCCCCAUGACUUGUAAAGAUCUAUAGUCAAAUUCUUCCUCUUCUCUUAGUUUGGAAGUUGACAAUGAUAACUGCUAUGGACGUGGUGCUAUUUAUUAAUGGGGACUGGUAUAAUGAGUUUAGCAGUACAAUUUUCUUAGAGCAUUCACAACAUGUUAGUAUGCACUUUGCAGACUGCGAUUUUGAACCACUAGUGCAUACCAUUGAUGGAGACUUCUGUAGUGCUGUGCAUCCACUCUUAAAUGACAUAGACCGCCCUUUAUGUUGGUGCAGUUUCUGAUGAGACUGCUGAAUUGCCGUACAUCCACUCUUAAAUGACAUAACUGCCCCUUAUGUUGGUGCUGUAUCUGAUUCUGCAAAUGUUUGGUUUCUCCAAUAAUGUGACAAUUCAUGGUUGGGAUUGGAGUAGUGCUGGAUGGUGCAUUAUUUGGACGUGGGCAUGUGAGCUUGUUGACAUGGAAGCUGUAUAAUAAGCAUGAGUUGGUUACAAUCUUCAGUCAUGGUUCUAAAUGUUGAGGAAUGAGGUGAAACUUGUUUCAAGGUGUUGAUAGUCUAGCCAGAUUGCAGGGCACUCUUCCAUUUGCAUUUCCUAUUUAUGGGGGAUGGAAAAUAUUUUACUUCCAUGUUCGAGCCUAAUUUUUAAUUGUCAUGCCUUGCUGGGGGCAAUGGAUGACAGACAAACAAUUGUGUUUCAUUGUGAAGAAAAUUGAUUAGAAUUGGAUGUGGGUGACAUAUUUUGAUUCUUAAUAUUCUGGUAAAAGGCAAACAAUUCUGACAUGUUUUGAAGCUUUUGCACUUAUUUUGUAUUUAGAAAAAGCUUACAGUCACAAUGCUCAAGACAUAGCUUUUAGCUGAAAAGCUGUUUUUGUGUAAAAUUAAGAAUAACCAAACAUGUCAUCGAUCUUCAUUGCCAUAUAAUCAAAAUCUGUAUAUAUACUUGCUAAUAUCAAAAAUUUUAUUGCCCAAGCUUUUUUUAAACAAGUUUAUUUGAUUUUUCGUGGUAUAUUAAAGGUAACAAAUUCUUUGAAGCCAUCUCUACUGUCUUGGGGAAGCUUGGCUUUGAUUCGUUUGAAUCUCCAGAUUAUAAAAAUAUCUUUUUUUAUCUAUUUUAAGUAAUAUAGUUUACUGUUGUGCCAAUGUAGUAUUCUCGUCUAUUAUUUCUCUAUUAGUAAAAUUUCUGUCUAGUCAACAGUUUUUUUUACUCUGUUCCGUAUGGUUUUAUUUAUAAAUCCUUCCUUUACCUUUUCUGCUAAGUUAUACAUCUCUCUCUCUCAGGAAAUUUUUUUCAUUGUUUAAAGUGAACUUAAAUCUAUAUUCUUUUUACUAUACAAAACAAGUUGUUUAUUUUUUAUUCUGUGUUUUUUUUUUUUUGCUGGUUCCUGGGAUUUACUUAACUUAUUUCUGUUUUUUUGUUCUUGUCUUGAUUACUAAUUAGAAGGCACACAAAGGAGUGUUUACCCCUAUGUGCUCAAUGCCUGUGCAUAGUCGAUUAUCUUUUUCAAGUGCAGGAAAAGAUUAGAAAAUGCUAACACCUUCUAACACUCGCUAAACCUUGCCCAGGUAAUAUCUGAUGCGUUAGUCAUCCUAUUCUCCAAUCCUUCCUCUUUUUAUUAUGUCAAAUCUGAACUCUUGCUAUCAUUCAUGAUAAGCUAGAGUGAGGAUACAUCAUCUCAUUUAAAUCUAGCCAGUUUUUCUUCCUUCUGUUCACUUUUUCCCUGCACUGUUUUCUUGCCUCAGACUAGAAGGUGCUCUUUCUGUAUCAGUGGAUAGAGGCAUGAGUAAAUGGCUUCAAGUUGUGUAAGUUAUUUGCAGAUCUGCCUCAACUACACUGUCUAUUGUGACUCCCGAGAUUGCAACUGACAGUUAUGGGGCAUCGACACUUGUAUAGCACAUCUCCAUUUUUUGAGGGUGAGCCUGACCAGAAUUGGAAUCAUAUGCAUACUGAUCAACAUUAUGUGCACCUUGGUAGGACUAGCACUUCAGAGAAUGGUUCUUUUAUUUAUCCUGUGGAAAAUAUGCCUACAGAUAGCAUUUCUUUCCCCUCUCAUUGGAACUCUGCCACAAGGUCAAAUGGAUACGCACCCUCAAAUCCCAAUAUUGAAGUACCUCCUCAUCAAUCAGAUGCAUCAGGCACUUCUAAUGAUCAUUUUAUGCAUUCGUCUAGUGCUGGUUCUUUCUUUGCAGUGUCUGAAAAUUAUUUGCACCAGCCCUCUUCUUCCAAUUAUGACAGACAAGCAUUUCAUGUUGAUGGUGGUUUUAUUGAUCUUACAAUGGGAAAUGGACCAGGGCCUCACAAGCGAAAGAGCCCUGGAAUUCCUUCAGUCUAUGAGAGAGGCAGUUCAAGCAGAUACUAUAAUGCUGGAAGUUCAACUGAUCUUCCUUUAUCUUCAGAAUUAAGGCAGGAGAAGCCAAAUAUAGAUUCUCAAUAUAUGCCCUGGGAUCAUGUUACUAUGGCACCCGCAUUCAGAGGUGCUGGCCUUUCAAUAAAGGGUGAGGGUUCUUCAAGGAAUGUGAGGAGUCGUUCUGCACUUGAUUUGGAAUCCAACCUGGCUAGGACCCAUUUAUCAAGUAAUCAAUCACACAAUUCCUACUGUGCUGUCCCACCAGUUGACCACCCUAGCGUGGUGGAUCUUUCAGGUCAGACUUCUACCACUUUGACAAGGGAUUGGAGCCAAAUGAACAUAUCUCCUGCUAAUGGAAGGGUGUUAUUACCAGAUACAAGUGCUUUUGGUCUUGAGACAAGUCACUUCCUUGUUGGAAGUGGUGCUUCUGCCAGUAAUGCUUCUGUAGAUGGUGGGGGCUUCCAUCAUGAAUUUGGUACAAGUAGAAAUCCUACUGCUCCUCAAAGUUUUAAUAAUAAUCUGACUCAGACUGCUAGGGGAAUUCGAAGUAACUAUUCUCAGAGAUCCACUCCAACUUUUAAGGCUUCUUCAAGCUUGCGCUUGGGACAUAUGAUACCUUCAGAUGAUGGAUUGCCUAUGGUAGCUGAAAGUUACUCUUCUAGACAUCCAAGGCCGAUGACAACCGUUGGCUGGAGGAACAGUGAUAGAAAUGGGAGGUCAAGAAUUUCUAGUGAAAGAUAUCGAUCAUUGGCUGUCGAGGCUGGCCUCCAUGAUCGAUUUUCCUCUGAGGGCUUCAUGAUCGUUGAGCGUGCUUCACUGUAUGGUUCUAGGAAUGUGAAUGAUCAGCACAGAGAUAUGAGGAUGGACAUAGAUAAUAUGAGCUAUGAGGAACUACUUGCACUUGGCGAGAGGAUUGGCCAGGUCAACACAGGAUUGUCCGAGGAUUUGCUUUCCAAGUGUUUGACAGAAACAAUAUAUUGUUCAUCUGAGCAAAAUCAAGACGAAGGAAGUUGUGUAGUUUGUCUGGAAGAGUACAAGAACAUGGACGAUGUUGGGACACUUAAAACUUGUGGACAUGACUACCAUGUGAGCUGCAUUAAAAAGUGGUUAUCUAUGAAGAAACUAUGUCCUAUCUGCAAAGCUUCUGCUUUGCCCGAGGAUACGAAGGAUAAAUAACUUCUACUGUAGUAUAAUCAAAUCUCAUUGUGUGUAUAUAUUUGGACAUCCCUCAAAGUGGAGGAAACAAACUUGCUUUUGGAGAUGUGUUGUAACAGCAAUGCUACUUUAUUCCAAUGUAUUUGUUUUUGGCUUCUAUCUCAAUUAGGUGAAGCCUUUAAAUUA